CCCAAGACCAAAAGGUUAAAGAGAGCUCAAGCUGAAAGAGAGGCUGAGAAGGGAAGUGAGAGAGAAAAUCAGAGAACUCAUGGUAAGCGAGGGGAUAGAGCUUCUAAUAGAGAAAGGGAUUCAGAGAAAGUGGCAAAUGAGAGAAGAGAGAGACGGUCUGGGAGGGAUGGAGUUGAUAAUGUAUCAUCUAGAUCGAAACGUGAUCACACGGUGUCUCCGCCUAAUUAUCGCCACAGGAGUCGGCACAGAUCUAGAUCUCCUCAUGCUGCUGAUAAGAGGGCACGUGAUGAGGAAACAAAUUCAAGGGGUUCUGAUCAUCGGAAUGGAGAAAAUGAUUCAGUAGCUAAAAUGAAAGCCACUGAAUCAGCUUUGGAAUCAAAAGAAAAGGAAAAACCUUCAUUUGAGUUGUCUGGGAAGCUUGCUGCGGAGACUAACCGAUAUAGAGGUGUAACACUGCUGUUCACUGAGCCACCAGAUGCAAGAAAGCCAGAUAUAAGGUGGCGAUUGUAUGUUUUCAAGGGUGGUGAACCAUUGAAUGAACCCCUCUACGUACACCGUCAAAGCUGUUAUCUUUUUGGGAGAGAAAGGAGGGUUGCUGACGUCCCUACAGACCACCCAUCUUGCAGCAAACAGCACGCUGUUCUUCAAUAUAGGCAAGUUGAGAAGGAACCUGAUGGUACAGUAUCGAAGAUAGUAAAGCCUUAUAUAAUGGAUCUUGGGAGCACCAAUGGAACUUUUAUCAAUGAUGAUCGAAUUGAAGCUCAGAAAUAUUAUGAACUUUUUGAAAAAGAUACGAUUAAGUUUGGUAAUAGUAGCCGCGAGUAUGUCCUGCUGCACGAGAACUCAACCGGUUGAUGCUAAUUGAUUGGCUUCGAUCAUGGCUUGUGAGGCCUAUUGGUGUGGUUGUGAAGAAUUAAGAUAUGUUGCCUGAGGCUUGCUGGAAGGAUGUCCAACUGCUUUCAGUGGCGUCUUGCUGUAAAUUUGAGCUGCAAAUGUUGCCUGCUAAAUUUUGCUCUUUCUUCUGCAGAUGUUGUUUAUACUUUGUGCUUAAUCAGGAGCUGUAAUUUGUUUAGCAGCUGCAAUUGGAUUGAUAAAAUAUUUUCCGGGCACAUAACUGCUUCUUGCACCCUUGAGGUGAAUUAAGCUUCAGGAGGACGAAGGGUCUGCAUGGCUGCGUGCUAACUGCCCCUUCCCAACCCCACCCCCAAAAAAAAGGUCCUUGGCCCCCCUGGCCCAGACUUCUCUUUUCACCGGUCUAGGCUCUUUCAUUGGGUUUGUUUGGAUUGCUUCAUAUUUCCCCAAUUUUAUUUGCUUA